AUGGGCAUCAUGAUCCAAAAUCUGAGAGAUGAACAUUCAAUUCAUUACAUCCUUAGCAGUGAGCACAUCAACUUCUUCAUCACGUACCCAUUCGAUUUUCGGAUCGAUGAGAUGUUAUCCUACUACAUAUCUUUUCUGCGGGCGAUAAGUGGGAAGCUGAACAAGAGUACAAUUUCUUUGCUGGCAAAGACGGAAGACGAUGAGAUUCGUUUCCGUGUGCCUCUGUCAGACUAUUUUUCAGACAUGGUCCAGCAUUUUCAGGAGCAGUGCGUUGACAUGGAUAAGUUGGUUGCACGCUCCUCAGGAACUGAAGAUUCUUUGCCAAUGUCUUGUGUUGAAGAUGCGAUUGUGCAGAUUGAAGACAUGCUGUAUUAUUUCAGUGAUGUUAUAUCUUCUGGUAUUCCUGAUCUUGAAAGGUUCAUCACUGACAAUAUCUUGCAAGCUCUGGUGUUUCGGUUAUUACUCCCGUCGUUGCAGAGGCAGAGCGCAGAUUUGGACCUAAGUGUCACUACAUCCAUGUUUCUGCUUUGUUGUAUACUGCACAUUUUGAAGAAUAAGGAUAUGGCAAGUACUGUCGCUGCUGCCCUUUUUCAUCAACCUGAUUGCCCUGAUGAAACAAAGCAAGGGACACCUCCUAAUGGGUAUACAUCUGAGCAUGAUAAUUGCAGAUCUGAGAAUCAUUGCACCACUGCCUCUGCUGUCGAGCAAUCAAAUGAGGAUGAGCCAAAUUCUCUGUCUUCUGUUAGUUGGAAAUACUUGCCCAAUCAUUCACCGCCAAGUGAUUGCUGCCAUGGCAAUGCACCAUGGGAACACUUGCUGUCCUAUAUCACACAAGGAGAUGAUUCACUAGCUUUGGGUUCAUUGUGCUUAUUUGCUACAUUACUGCAGACGAAAGAACUUGAUGAAUCAAUGCUGGAUGCGCUUGGAAUCCUCCCUCAAAGAAAGCAGCAUAAGAAGCUUCUGUUACAAGCUUUAGUAGGUGAAGACCUUGCUGAAGGACAAUUAUUUUCGUCAAACAGCGGUCUAACUGAUGACAGCAUUCGUAGUGAUUUUGAUAUUUAUGUAAGGAAGCUUCGGGUCAAAUAUUGGCUACAGUGUCACCAUCCACGGCAGAUGACUUCCAAGCUCACAGAUAUCAGAUCAAAGGUUGCUGCAGAUGUUCGCUUGGUUGGUGGCUGGCUUUUCCGGCAACUGCUGCCCCAUGGAGAGGAAGAAUUCACUGCUUUUCAUCUAAGACGACUAAAGGAUUCACACAAGGAUUGUAGCUCAAAGCUUUCAGAGGAAUCUGGAGGAUGCUGGUGCGACAUGCUUCUUCCUAUCAUUAAAGAGGCUUGGAGGAACUGCAAGAAAGAAAUUGAGGCAUCUUCUGUUGCCAUUGCAGAGGGAGUCUAUGAGAUAGUUAAGCAUUGCAUUCUUGCUAGUUGUAGAAUUACGAAAGCUGAUGAAGACUGCCCAGAGGGAAGCCCAACCAAAUACUUAGAAUACCCUGCAUGCAUCUCCAAGGACAUAGAAGCAUUUUGCUGGUGCAACCAACCAAUGUGGGAAGAAGAGAUCAAUACUAGCAGAAUGGAGGAAUGCUCACACAGCUACACUGAACCGCUGAUGUUGACUCAUGACACGAACAGCGGUUGUAGAAGGCAGACUUUCAGCAGCUAUAAGCUGCAACUGCUUACCCUGCUGAACAAUUGCUAUAAACUGCAACAGCUUAACAUGCUGAACACUUGA